AUGCCGACUUUAGGAUUUCUAAAGAAGAAAAGGACGAGGGAGGCGGCCGGUCCGAACGACCCCACCUCUCCAACGACAGCUUCAAGCCAGCCUGGGAGCCCGAUAACGCCAACCGCAACAAAAGGUUUCGAUAACUCCAUUGCCUCUAUUUCUACACAGUCCACCGCGCUCUCGCAGGCAACAACUCAGGUUUCAUCUUCCCAGAGAGAAGAGACCGUCAACGAACCACAACAAAUGACACAAAGAGCAGCCCCUCAGCAACAAGAACUUCCCCAAGUCCAGCAAUCAUCUCCUGCCACCGGGCAAAAUCUACCAACAAUUGAUAACCUAAUCAACCCCCCACAGCAUGACGGCGCUGGUCAAUCUGCUCCAGUAAAAAUGGCAUCAACCACACCCUCUGCUACCUCGAGUAGCUCCAUACAAGUUGCGGCUUCAUCUCCAGUCAAAACGACCCCCGUCGUAAGCGUAGAACCCACCCAGAUCAGACAAACCAAGGGCAAAUAUUCUUUAGGAGACUUUCAGAUAUUACGCACGCUCGGGACAGGGAGCUUCGGAAGGGUACAUUUGGUCCAGUCAAGACACAAUUCGCGCUUUUAUGCUGUUAAAGUGUUGAAGAAGCAACAAGUAAUCAAGAUGAAGCAGGUGGAGCAUACUAACGAUGAAAGAAAAAUGCUGCAGGAAGUCAAGCAUGCGUUUUUGAUUACACUAUGGGGUACAUUUCAAGAUUCGAAGAAUCUGUACAUGGUCAUGGACUUUGUUGAGGGUGGAGAAUUAUUCUCAUUGUUGAGAAAAUCACAGCGCUUCCCAAAUCCAGUUGCCAAAUUUUAUGCUGCAGAGGUCACCCUUGCGAUUGAGUAUCUGCAUUCAAAACAGAUCAUCUACCGAGAUUUGAAGCCUGAAAACUUACUUUUGGAUCGUCAUGGACACGUUAAGAUUACCGAUUUCGGGUUCGCCAAAAGAGUUCCAGAUAUCACUUGGACUUUGUGCGGUACACCAGAUUAUCUAGCCCCAGAAGUCGUAGCCAGCAAGGGCUAUAACAAAUCAGUUGAUUGGUGGUCACUGGGUAUAUUGAUUUUUGAAAUGCUGUGCGGUUUCACACCAUUCUGGGAUGGUGGGUCACCGAUGAAAAUCUAUGAGAACAUCCUCAAAGGGCGAGUCAAGUAUCCUCCCUACAUUCACCCAGAUGCACAGGAUCUUCUUCAACGCCUUAUUACCGCGGAUUUGACAAAGAGAUUGGGAAACUUACAUGGCGGUUCUGAGGAUGUAAAGAACCACGCAUGGUUUGCUGAGGUCACUUGGGAAAGAUUAGCCAAGAAGGAUAUUGAUGCGCCAUAUGUACCCCCUGUAAAAGCUGGUGUUGGAGAUGCUAGUCAAUUUGACAAAUAUCCCGAGGAAACCGAGCAAUAUGGGGCUACGGGCCCUGACGAGCACGGACACCUCUUCAAAGACUUUUAG